ACGUUGCCAAGCGCAGUUCUCAUGGAAACGGAGACGCCAAUCCAAGAACUCGAAGAUUCUUUCUGAGAUUGGAAACUCGAAUUGAGGAGGCGGGCCAAAGUGGGGGCCCAUGUCGUCACUUCCGCUUCACCUUCGCCAUCCUCGUCCCGCUAGUGCUCGCCUCGGGUCUGCUCCGUCCUCAGCCGCUGCCGCCGCCACCAGGGUCCGACCCCUGCGUCCUGGGCUGGGCCCCUGGGGGGGGCGGCGCCCCUGAAGCCGGCCUGGUCCCGCCCCCUCUGCCCCACCACCUUCCGGCUCCCAGGACCCGGUGAUUCAGGAGGAGCCGCGGGCGGCCGUCUCCCAUGGCGCUGUACCCGAAGUGAUGCUGGAGACCUAUGGGAGUCUUGCCCGCCCCGGCCGCACUCUGCUCCCCAUCUCGGCCGAUCUGGGACUGGCAGUUUCCAUGCUCUUCCAGUUGGAGCCACGGGAAGCCCCUUGGAUACAGGAGGGAGCCGGCCCCAGGAGCACCCGGGCAGAUGGUGAGGUGAUGCUUGGAGCCAAGGAGUCUGCCGACUUAGAAAUGUCAGUUGAAGAAUCAGCUGAGGAAGGAUGCCCCAGGGAUUAUCUCUCCAGCUUCAGUUUGGAAGAAGCUUCCAAAGCUGCUCCUAGGUUGGGGAAGCAGAAGACCAAUGAAGACAAGCCGUUGAGGACUCGUCCUGGAGAGAAGCCCCUUAAAUGUAGUGAAUGUGGGAUGACCUUCUGCCACAACUCGCAGCUUUCCCGGCACCAGAGAAUCCACACGGGAGAGAAGCCGUACGAGUGCACGGAGUGUGGAAAGGCCUUCAGUCGGAACACGCAGCUCUCCCGACAUCGGAAGAUCCACACGGGGGAGAAGCCGCACGGGUGCGACGAGUGCGGGAAGGCCUUCCGGGAGAGCAAGCAGCUCUCUCGGCACCAGAGGACGCACACCGGGGAGAAGCCCUACGGGUGUGGUGAAUGUGGGAAGAGCUUCAGCAGGAGCACGGGACUCGCCGAGCACCAGAGGAUCCACACAGGGGAGAAGCCCUACGAGUGUAGGGAGUGCGGGAAGGCCUUCCGGGAGAGCAAGCAGCUCACUCGGCACCAGCGGAUCCACACCGAGGAGAAGCCCUACGGGUGCGAUGAGUGCGGGAAGGCCUUCCGCUGGAGGACGGAGCUUACUUCCCAUCGAAGGAUCCACACUGGAGAGAAGCCGUACGAGUGCCGCGAGUGUGGGAAGGCCUUCCGCCUGAGCGCCCACCUCAUCCAGCAUCAGAGCAUCCACACCGGAGAGAAGCCUUACGAGUGCAAGGAGUGUGGGAAGGCCUUCCGCUGGGUCACGGGGCUGACCUCCCACCACAGGAUCCACACGGGAGAGAAGCCCUACGAGUGCAGCAUCUGUGGGAAGGCCUUCCGAUGGAGAACGGUUCUGACUUCCCACCACAGGAUCCACACGGGAGAGAAGCCAUUUGAGUGUGGUGAAUGCGGGAAGGCUUUCCGCCUGAGCAAACAUCUUAUUCAACAUCAGAGAAUACACAGUGAAGCCUUUUGAAUGGCAAUGCCUCAUAAAGCUGAUGAACGUGAAGAUUUCAGCUGGGACAUCCUCUGAAACAUGGAUAAUUCAGGCUUUUUGGGUAAAGAGAUCCCCGUCAGCUGGUUGGGUGCUUUUUUCUCAGCUCCUUAAACACCUGCCUACCCCAUCACCUGCACUGCUGAUGGGCACUUGCUUCCUCAAAACUGUUCCUCGGCCAUCUUCAGAAACGUCAUCCUUGCUCUUCCCCUUUCCUUCUGACCGAGAGGAAGAAGUGUUCUUUGUCUUUGCUGAAGCCAAAUUGCCUGCCCCAUCUAAGGCCCUUCUUUCUGAGGGCCUUCUUCCAGGGGUCAUGGAGGUCAUGUGUGUGUGUCUGUCUGUCUGUCUCCAUCCCUCUCUCCCCCUCUCUCUGUCUCCCACCUCCUCCCACCUGCCUUCAGAUUGAUCAGCCAGAACGAGCUCCUUCAAGCCUGGUUUCUUUCUCCACCCUUUACUGAAGUUCCUUUAGCAGAGUCUUUUGUGAGAUUCUCAUCACUCAGUGCAUUGACUUUUGAUGGGAGGGAUUCCUUAUCCUCCUGUGUCCUUUGACAUUGUUGCCCACUCCCUUGCUCUAAGUAAAUGCUCUCGCUUCCCCUUCUAGCUCACUUUCCUUCUCCCGUGCUGGUAGCCAUUCCCUCUCCUUCACUUCCUGGUUCCCGGUGUUAUUCACACCCCCUAAAGUUUGGUGUCCCCCAGGAAUCUACCCUUGGUCCUCUAUUCCAGUUAUUCUCUCUUUUGGAACUCUCAUUCACUAUUUUAGAUCAAAGAUUAAGAAAAAAUCCAUGAUUUGCAGAAGUUUGGAAAAGGGACAAGGUGGCUGAUGGUAGCAGUCAGGAAAACUCAAGGAAUGGGACCACUCUGUAUUUUUAGGGACAGUUACCAGGCUUAUGCCUAGGAACCCACUGAGCCCCUAGUGAGUGUUUAACAAUUGUCGGGGAUUGGGUUUGGUGCUGGGGAUACCAAAACACCUCUUCUCUUUUACCUUUCACAUCCUGGGUCUCCGUGUCCCUGCCAGUGCCCUAGAAUGGGCCCUCCUCCCUCAUGGGGGGAUUCUGCUGAAUAGUUGUUUCCUUCCUGGCUUCCCUCCAUCUUUCCCCUCCAGUCCGUGCCUCAUACUCUGCUGGUCUAAUCUUCCUUAAGCAUAGAUCUAAAUUUGAGACUUUUUUUUAUUAAAGCUGUUUAUUUUUAAAAUAUAUGCAUAGUUUUCAAGAUCCACCCUUGCAAAACCUUGUGUUUCAAAUUUUUUUCUUCCUCUCUUCUCCCCACUUUCUUUCUCCCCUGGAUGGCAAGUAACCCAAAGAAACCAGUAAACAGGUGCGAUUUUCUAUAUGUAUUUCCAUAAUUCUCUUGCUGCACAAGAAAAAUCAGAUCAAAAAGGAAAAAAUGAAAAAAAAAAAAAGCAAAAUGCAAGCAAAUAACAAUAAAAAAGGUGAAAAUGC